CUGCUCCCUACGUCCCUACUCUCGUCUUCACUCGUUCUUCAGCGCAGCUUAAUUUUGUGUUGUUUUUGUGGUUGUGGUGCUCGGAUCUCGGUGCUACUUGAGGAUAGGAUCCGCACAUAUUAACUGUAUUUACUUUUGAGCUCCAUGAUGUGCGUUUGCUUGUGAUCUGUUGCGUCUUUCCUGAGUACGAUGACUUCUCAUUGCUUGUGCAAGUGCUUCCGUGUCCCAGCUGACAUGGCGGGGCUUAUCCCUCACAGUGUAGGUUUUGAGAGCGGUCACCAGCAUUUCUUUCUCACGUAAUGUGGUUUACGUGAAUCAGCGUUGUCAUUUGACAUGAUCUCGGACGAAAAAACACUCGUUCCUUCUCAAGAAGUGUUCCGUACUUACGAUCGAGUAUUGCUUCGUUUGGAGUCGUAGCUCGAUUGCAAGUGUGCUCAAAUUAGGAAUAGAAAUGUUUCUCGGCGGUUCUAACAAAAGUUCAGCAGGUGGCAGCGAGGAGGCACCUAGUGUGUCCUUGGGACACGCAAAGACAGAUUGUCUGCUGACAUCAGGCGGCGAUCUGCCUCGCAGGGAUCUCCGUCAAGUGCAUGCUGACACCGACGGCCUUUAUAGACGCCUGACCAUGAGUGGAGACCCCUUUAGUUCAUCUCUCGGAAAAGUGCAUGCCAGCUCAAGCGACUGGUCUCUGAGUUCUUGUAGAGACUAUGACUACCACCAGCUUGUUGCCAACGAUGUUCCUGUUAAGCUUGAGCCAGAAUUCUACCACGCAAAGCACAAAAGUGCGCCAGAGUGGCAAGAGGUGCUGCUGAUCAAGAAAGAGAACAACGACCUUCACGCUGAGAAACGGCACCUUGAACAGGAGGUCGCUCGUCUCCAGAGGAUAGUGGAAGAUAACCAGAAGGAUCUCUCUGAUUUGCACCGCCAGCAACAAGAAACGCUCAUGGAUCCAGUCGGAGGUGAAGCUGCUUACAGGCAGAAGUGCAAGGCCUUGAAGGACGAGUACGAUGCCUUGCACAAGCGCUAUGCGGACCUCACGGCAGCUCACAGCGCUCACAUGUCCAAGCUGGAGCUGUGUCAAGAAGAGCUCCAGCGGCUCAAGAAGAGUGCAGACGAGGCCAUAUUGGAGCGAAACGCUGCACUCCGCGAACGUACAGGCCUCCAGCAACAGUGUACGGCGGCCAUUCGUCAGUGGGACAAUGCCCUGCGAGAGCGCAACGAGGCUCGUGAACAGCUCUCUAAGGUGCAACAGCAGAGGGACGAGGCCAUGAAAGAGAUAAAUCAAGCGAUGGCCGUGCGUAUCAAGGCAUCGAAGGACCUAACUCGUCUGACUGAAGAAAGAAAUGCAGCCGUGCAGGAAUACACGCUCAUCAUGUCUGAGCGAGACUCUGUUCACAAGGAGAUCGAGCGACUCCAGGAGGAGCUGCAGGAAAGCCAAAAGAAAAUGCGGCUCCUCGAAACAAAUCAUAAAGCGUCACUGGAUGAGAUGGAGAGCUUAAAGCGGGAGAUUGCUUCCGCCCUUCAAGACAGAGACCGAGCGUUAAAGGAGUUGAAUGAACUGCGAGAAAAACACUCCAAGAACUCGUCAGAAGAAGAUCCUUCUCGUGACGGAACGAGGAAAGACCUGCCCGCAGCUGGUAGCUUAGGUGACCUCAACCAGGCCAAUCAGGAGAUCGAAAACUUGAGGAGAAACAUGGAGCGCCUGCAAGCAGAGGUUGCCGAGGCUCAGCAAGAGGCAGAAGUAUGCCGGCGUCGUAGGGACUGGGCUUUCAGUGAGCGGGACAAGAUUGUGCUGGAACGGGAAAGCAUUCGUACGCUGUGCGAUAAGCUGCGCCGAGAGCGGGACCGUGCUGUCAGUGACUUGGCAGAAGCCCUCAGGGACUCGGAUGACAUCAAGCGUCAGCGCAAUGAGGCAUCCAAGGAACUCAAGGAGCUCAAGGAGAAGAUUGAAGCACAGCUCGAAAAGGAGUCCCGCAUGAAACAGCUCAACUCCGUUGGGAAUAACCACAGCCGCGAUUCUGCCAUCGACACUGAUCUGCAGGAGUGGGAGACAGAAGUCAAGGAAGUACAUAUUAGGCACGAUGGCGAUCUUGGCUUUGAUCUGUCUGGUGGGAAAGAGGACCUGCAGGGCUCCUUCCCAAUCGUUGGUGCAGUAAGCAAGGGGGGCCCUGCAGAUGGGAAGCUGUGCAUUAAUGACUGGAUCGUCAAAAUAAAUGGCCACGAUUUGGCCGGUAUGGAAAAACGAUCCGUCUACGAGGCACUGCACGCUUCCAAGGGAUCGCUCACCCUCCUGGUGCGACGAAAGAGGCAGAUGAGCAGCCGUGGUGUAGUGGUUGUACAACUCAACGUGGGUGCUGAGCAUGGCUUGACACUGGACACAGGUCUCUACGUCAGCCGCAUGAGCCCAGGCUCAGUGGCAGCAAGAGAAGGAACAAUUGCCAUUGGAGAUCGCAUUCUUUCGAUAAACGGAAAAGCAGUGGACGACCCAAGGAAGGCCACAGAGUGUCUCGACAAUGCCACAGCUCCCGUUCAACUCCAGCUGGUAAAAAGUACUGGCGGUUCUCCAUCAGGCUCUACAACAAGUGGACACAGCUUGGGAGACAAGGCAUCCCCUGUGUGCCAUGGUCCGACGCCUCAAGAGGAAAAGAUGUUUACGUCAUGUUCCGUACAAACUGAAGGUCUGACGGAAAACGGCAAGGUGUCUCACAAGAGCAGCAAGUCUGCGCCAGGUCGGACCUCUCUGUCUGUGCAGCCAACAUUGCUGGACAAGGCAUACAACAAGAUAUUCGGCGAAAAACGCGUCAGCAAAGAGAAGAAAACCUGUACGCUACAUCCCAGCGAGCGCGAUCCCAUUGAGGAGCUGGAUUCCGUGCUGGAGUGCCAUAGCAAGCCCAUGAAGAAAUCGUCGGGGCGGCACGAGAACAAUGGAGGCACCUGGCCCAAGUACCGCGGCCCUCCGUUACAGCUCAACGAGGUGGGCCUCAACACGCUUCAACCACACAAGCGUAAGGAACGCAAAUCUCUGGCGUCGUUUACGAAGCAGCAGCCGUUUGUGGACUUCUCCGCGGAGCUGACGUCCCCUUCGAGCGGCAACUGCACCUCGAGCUCCGGGUCUUAUACGUCUCCGGGAAGCCCCGUCAAGGUCGCCUCUGGCGUGCAGCAGAGCUCGGAGCGCGCUCCGCUGCACUACGGGACCCCCGAGGACCGUCUGGACUACUCUGUGGUGUCGGCGCACAAAGACGUCCUGGAGAUGUACCAGAACCGCGGGAAAGGGCGGCCCAGGUCCGCGCACUACACGCGAGAGCAGUACGUCAAGUCUGGCGGUUACGGUGACACACUGCUUCCCAGUCACGUGCACCAGGCCCUCCGCGGGCCCAUGUACUCGCGGGUGCACCCGCACGCGUGCUAUCCCUCGUACGCGUCCCGCAGCGGCGACUCCAUACUUGCAGGACCGGACGUCGUCGAGGGGCCGAUGGAUCCGCGCUACAUCGGGAAAGAAGGGAGUCGGUACACCCCCUCUCCGUGUCCGUCGCAGUACAGCUUCUGCGGAACGUCCCCGACGCACAGUCUGGACUUUCCGCAGCACUUCCAUCCCAAGAGGCUCGUCCCUGCCCACGUGCACAGCAUGCCGUACAGGGUGGAAGAACCUUACGUGCAGCCGACUGCGACGUACGACGGGCUGGCAACCUUUCCGAAGCGGAGUCAGCGGAUUCGGAUUCCCUCGACGCCGAGUGUGACGUCAAAGUCGUCUGCGGGGAAGGUGUCGACGAGCUCCAUCGAGAAGGCACCUUCACUUUCUGACCGGGGCAGUCCAGCUUUCACGGUGGAGCUGCUCACACCCAACGGAUCGCGUACCAUUACGGAGCUGCGGAACAAACGGCGUCCUAAGCAGGGAGACAUGCGUCGCAUAGUAAUUGAGAAGAGUCUGGAGCCGCUGGGCAUCCAGAUAAAAUGCGGUGCUGGCGGAACCAUAUUUGUGUCCUCUGUUUCGGAAAACAGCUUGGCAGCACAGGCUGGCCUGCAAAUCGGUGACCAACUGCUUGAGGUAUGUGGAAUAAACAUGAGAAACGCAACCUACCAGUUGGCUGCCAAUGUUCUGCGCCAGUGCAGAGACAGCAUCACUAUGCUGGUGCAGUUCAAUCCCGACAAAUACAGGGAGGUAGCGUCAGACAAUGAAAGCUCGAGUGACGAGAAGUCUCCCGUACAAUCCCCCUCUCCGAAGAUGCGGCAUUCCAAUCGACCCGACCUGAUCCGAAUUUCGAACGAUGAUAUUCCCAGCUCGGCCACAUCAACCCUGACUAGGCAGAAACAGCCUGGCAUUAGCACAAAGGGUUCCAGGGCAGAGCCACGAGUUGUCGUUUUGAGGAAAGCCACGUCGAACCUGGGUAUCACCCUGCUGGGAGGCAAUGCCGUCGGAAUUUUUGUACACUCCGUCCAAGACGACUCUCCUGCCAGUGGUCCUGGUGGUCUCCGAACUGGCGAUCAGAUUUUAGAAUACAAUGGCACAGACUUAAGAAAUGCAACUGCGGAAGAAGCAGCGUACGAGCUCGCAAGGCCUGCAGACAAUGUGAAAAUUCUUGCUCAGUAUGAUCCGAACAGGUACACGGAGAUCCAGGACCAACCGGGCGAUUCCUUUUACGUGCGUUCACUAUUUGAUCGAGCGUCCAUAGAUGGUUCCUUGGCCUUUCAUAAGGACGACAUCCUCCACAUCGAUAACACCAUGUACAAAGGGGUUCCAGGCCAAUGGAGGGCUUGGCUGCUAGACCAGGAUGGUCAGAAAGUUCGAUGCGGAUUCGUGCCCAGCAAGUACAAAGCGGAGGAAGAGCUACUGAUGAAGCGCAGCUUGCUCGACCUCGACGACGGAAGCGGACGUAGGGGCUCAACCUCAGCACGGCGCAGUUUCUUCCGCCGCAGGAGACAUCACCGCUCGCGCGACGGCAAGGAACUGGCUUCCUUCUCGGACGUCUCCAUCAACAGCUGCAGCGAUUCGGCGGGCACCCUCGCGGAAGACCUGCCGCCGACAUACCUCCGCGUGGACCGCAUCAACUAUCCCAGUCUGCGGCCGGUGAUCCUGGUGGGACCCCUGCAGGAGGCCGUGGUGGACAAGCUGGAGCAGGAUUUCCCUCACCUUUUCCAACGCUGUGUUCCAGAAGCGACGCGGGCGAGCCUGCAGACAUUGGAACGCAGUCUGCAGGACCUUGAAAUAGUUGAUUUCCGCAGGAGGGGAUCUCACUUUGAAUGCGUCACAAUGGCCGCGAUCCAGACCAUCAGUCAAAAGAUGUGCCACGGAUUUCUAGAUGUCAGUCUGUCCGCCGUAGAGAGGUUAAACAAAUGCCAUAUUUUUCCUAUUGUCAUAUUUAUAAAGUUCAAGACAACAAAGCAGAUCAGGGAAGUGAAAGACUCGACCUACCUCACUGAGAAGGUCACAACUAAGGCAGCAAAGGAGAUGUAUGAGCAUGCAUUGAAAAUCGAGAGCGAACACAAGCAUUUGAUCAGUGCCGUGAUUCCCGGCAGCAACUUGGCUUACAUGUGCACCCAGGUAAAAAUGUGCGUGGAUGACGAACAGAACAAGGCCCUGUGGAUCCCCUCUGGAACGCUUUGACAUGCUCUCAACUUAUGUGUUUCUACAAUGUGAUUUCCACAAGGAAUGUGUUACGACAAGCGCAUCAAAGACACUUCUUUCUCAUCACCUUUUUAAAAACCUUUCCUAUUUUAGAACGGUUGUGAUAGCAGUUGUUGGAAUGCAGCAGGGCCUCGUCAUAGUUAAGUGUUUUUCCGGUGAGAACCAUAACAUUUUUUGUAAUAGUUUUACUGCAGGGUUGAGGUGGAGAAAGUAGUUUCCACCUCCUUGGGUUGUGUAUAUUCUGUUGUGUGUACUGGGUCUUGUCCAACCCGGGUACAAAGUGAGGGUUGUUAAUGUACAGUUCCAGACAAGCUUGACCGACGCGUGAGGUCUGUCGUCAGCUUUUUACGUUUCGAUGAACUUGAAAGGCGAAUAUCGAGAUCAUUAUUAUUUUAUUAUUAUUAUUAUUGUCAGGUUGCUCACAGGAGGUAAUGCUUGAUUCUUGUUACAGCAUUAUAGCUUUUUCUGUAAUUUAUUUUCUGGGAAGUUGUUACUGUAUCAAAAUUGUAUAAAUGUGCUGCGGAACAUUCCACAGCACAUUGGCAUGCUGUGUAUAGUUGCAAGCAAUCAACGUCACAUUUUUCUACCAUUUCGUGGGCCCCGAACCCCUCGACUUCAACGAGCAGUCUAUGUUGACUAUACCUCUUGAUCUCUGGUCAGAUGUGUUGUUGAAGUUUAUAAAUCUGACGAGUCGCUGUUUGCUCACAUUAAAGGGGUGUGCGAGGGUGGUGUGUCAUGCAGACGAGUUGGCAACAAAGCGUAAUCUAUUACAUUAAUAGUGAUGUAACUCGACACAAUGCAAACUGUGAUGAAGCAAACCCGUGCCAAAAAUGCAAAAAGCCAAAACUGUGAAAAAAGGACAGAUUCCUCGUUAAAAAAAAAGUAUAAAACGGCAUUUACAACAUAGGACAUUAGGCCUAUCUCUAUUUUCAUGGCAAUUACACUGGUCUUUGACUGGUAGACAGUUUCAUUAUAUCACGUUUGUACUUGUGCCAAGUUUCAGUAGUAAGGUGUGCAUGAUGCAUCGACGGCUUUGCGUGACAAACACUUUUUGUAGGAAUAUGGAGUUUAUCACAAACAGAGGAAAGGGAACUGCCUUUAGUAGUGGGAAGUCUUGCAUUCUGUCUGCCAUGUGAUGGUUUACUAUAAUGAAGUUCUACUGCAUUGUACUAAGGAAUAAGAGAGGCAGCUACUGGGUUGUAGUCAUCCCCGCCCCAGUUGCUUUUGUAGUUUUAAUAUAUGCAUAAGAAGUAUAUAAAUAUAUAUAUAUAUAUACAUAAGAUCAUAUAUGUAUAUUGUUUUAUUGUCUAGAUAAAAGUGUGCAGAUUAUUGCAAGGAACUGCAUUUUGGAAGGGCUCUUACCUCUUUGAUAAUAACUGAGAUCCUUCUAAUCUCAUAAUUUUGAAAUGAGCAACUGCAUGCACCUUUUUUUUAGACUUUUUGUUGCAAUGUUGACUCCUCUCAUGUACAAAAAAAACCCUCUUGGAAUAAAAUAGUUUUGUCAUA